AUGUCGAGAAGAUCAAUGCAAUUGCCCAAUCUUAUGGCUUUAGAACCGACAAAGGUUGUCGUGAAUUGUGACCUCCAACACGUUCAAAAUAAGAUAGAAAACAACAUAUGUUCAGCAUGGGAGUACAACAGUAGUCUCAAAUACGAUGUUACGGCAUUAAAGCAAAUGCCUGAUGAGUUAGGAAAUAUUAUCUUGCGGGUUCUCCUGGGAGUAUCAAUGAGCUAA